AUGGGAGACAGAGUUUCUAUUCAGGAAGGAACCUCCAUACCUUUGUCUGACUCAUCCUUGAUCAAAGGGAAUAAUGUGAAAGAAUCUCUGCUGCUUGUGGCUGUACAGCCUCUUCACCCCACAGCGAACAACUGCCAACAGUUCCUUGGCAGCUGUAGUUUGUGCCAGUUGUGUCAGAGUUGCACACAAUUUUCUCAGACCCUGGGAAUGCAGCCGUGAGCUUCCAAAAGUCCCCAAUGUCCUUGUCUUGCAUUCUGAGCACCGCUCCAACGUUCUAUUUUCUCUACUUUGAUUAUUUGUCUAGGACGUAUGUCUACAACAACGACAAUAGUGGAUGGUAAGAACGGAUCUGUUCCUGCGACAUCCAUGAAAGUGGGCAAGAAAUCAGUUACAGAAGACCUUCUGACAACAUUCAGCUCACCGGCCGCAUGGCUUCUUGUUGUUGCUCUGAUUGUUACUUGGUCAGCAGUAGCUAUUGUGAUGUUUGACUUGGUGGAUUACAAAGCCUUUGCAGGAAGAUCUGUUAACAAGCUCAGCACAGAACCACUGAGAAUCAUUCAUGAGACAUUGGAAGAAUCCACUGAUUGGGUUUAUGGCUUUAUGUCUUUACUGUCUGACAUCGUAUGGAGUGAUGAUGAUGACAGUGAUGAAGGUGAAGUGGAACAUUCCCUGAAAAGAAAAGAAAUUCAUAAAGAGAAACCUGAGAGACAUGAGAAACGAACAUCACCAAAAGUAAUUCACAGAGACAAACCUGAAAAACAAGAAAAAAAUGAAAGGAAGGAACCCCUAAAGGUGACACACAAAGACAAAUUGGAAAGACAAGAAAAACCUGAAAAAAAAGACAGGCAUACAGUUACACAUAAAGAGAAACCUGAAAAGCCAGAAAAACCUGAAAAGAAAGCACCUUCUAAAGCAAUUCAAAAAGAAAAAGUGGAAAGACAUGAAAAAGUUGAAAAGAAAGCUCCUUCCAAAGAGGAAAAGAAAGUAAAGAGCACCAAAGUGGAAGCAAAAGUUAAAAAGGAAGUGAAGGAUGGAAAAAGUGAAGCAAAGAUGGCUGAAAAACUCAAGCAGGCAGAGACUAAAACAGCAGAAGUUGGGCUAAUAAAACCCAACCCAAAAGUUAAGGAGGAGAAAGCUCUUCAGACUGUAACUAAAUCGGAAAAGAAAGAUCAAUAUGCAUUCUGUCGCUAUGUGAUUGACAUGUUUGCGCAAGGGGAUUUUUAUCCAGAACAUAAGGAAACAGUAUCACCUCGUCUUCUUCUAGAACACAGUCCAAGGAAGAAGCCAUCAACUACUGAAGAAAGAGAAGAAGAAAAGAAAGUAUCUCAUGUGAAGAGGGCUACCACUGAAACCAAGAAGAAAGAAAAAGAAGGAAGAAAAGAGAAAGCUCAUGAGAAGACAGCUGUCCCUGAAAUUAAAAAAGCAGAUAAAAAAGAAGCUGCUGUGUCCAAAGAACUUAAAAAGCCAGCAAAAGCUCCUGCAGCCAAACCAACUGCCACAAAACCAGCACCACCAGAACCACACAAGAAAGAAAAACUAGUGGAAUCUGCCAAAACAGCAAAGAAAGAAGUAAAAGUACAUGCAUCUGUGGAAACACAGAAGUCAAAAGCAGCACCUGAAAAAAAGGAAGAAAAAACAAUGAAGGCAGCAGAGCAAGAUAAACCCAAGAUGAAACAAAGAAAUCCUGGAAAAGAGAAAGAAUUGAAAUCUCCAGCUGCCACAAAAGACAAAGAGCACACUAAAGAAAAAGAAGGAAAAAAUUCUACAGCUUUAAAAGAUAAAGAGUCUCUGAAAGGAAAAAACCCCAAUAAUCCAGGGGGAAUAAAGGAGAAAGAGCCUGGUAAAAGAAAAGAUGUCAAGCCUCCAGCAGUCUUAAAGGAAAAGGAGUCUUCAAAGGGAAAAGAAAUGAAGACUUCAACUUUCAUUAAGGAAAAAGCUGCAGUGAAAAAGGAAGAGGAGAAGAAAGCCGCCAUAGAGAAACAUCAUGAACAUAAACAUGAACCUGUUAAACGUGAAAAAACUCUUUCUCAAAUUAAGUCAGACGAGAAAACUAAACAACAAAAGACAGCUCCCACUGAGAAAUCAGUCCAGCCAAAGCCAGCAAAGCAUGAAGCUGUCAGACAUGAAAAAGGCGUUCUGCCAACAAAACCAGCCAAAUCAAAACCAACUGCAAAACUAGCAGCUGAAAUCCCAACAGCAGCCCAGAAAAAAACAAAGACAACUAAGGAAAAAGAGGAAAAAACAACUGAGAAGAAACAUCAGAAGCAUGAGAAAAAUAAAGGAGUCCUGCCGGUAAAAGAAGCUCCACGACAUCACAACUUGACAUCAGCUCCUGUCCGCUACUUUCAAUGCGUCUUCCUAAAUGGGCCUAAUGGAUAUGGACUGCAAUUCCCCACUAACCCACCCUCCAAAAAGGAAGAAAAGAUUCACUCAAAGACUUCCAAGAGAAAGACAAAGAAACCUGGGCAGUAAAGAGACUGUCCUCUGCAAUUAUUCACGUUUUGCACUUUAUCUUUUCUGCUGAGGUCCACAGCAGUUACAGUGGUACCCGUCAUUGCAAGAAUGUGAUCUGGUUGGUCAUGUGCACCUGGAAAAGUUUCCAUUUUCAUGGGGCAGACGCAGACAAAGAGUAAUGAACUGUGUUUGGCAAAGGUAGAAAUGUGCAAGUGCCCCAUAUAUUAUGGAAAUACUGCAAUGCUGACAAAACAUUGGACUGACUGUGUGUGCUUGUACAUGUGUGUGUUGUGUGUGUGUGUUUUCCUGCCUCUUCUGCUCUUUUUGUUUUUCUCUACCUGCUCAGCAUUAAAGUGAGUCUAUUUUCCAUUUAAUCAUAUUUAGGGAAGGAAAGGAUGAAUGCAGCUGUUAUAUCAGCAAGAUUGCGAGACUACCUGCAAUUCUAAAUCAUUUCUUCUUAGCGUUCAAUCAAAUUGCUGACAGGAAAAAGCCUCACUAAGUCAUGAAAAUGCGCUCAGUGACUGGUGCUAUUUUUAUGUCUCAUUGACCAGUGUAGCCUGAAGCUAUCGCUUACUCUGAGUAGCUCAAUUUACAUCAGUAAGUUCACUCUCCAAGCCAUGUUAAUGAUGAAUACUUACCUUUAGCUUGAAGUAGUAAAAGCAUGGUGUGUUUGCCCUGCCCUUUGGUGAAAUCCAAACUCUUUCUAAAACCUAAAGUGAGCAGAGAAAAUGAAACAAAAUGGCAAAGAUGAGGAAAACCAAGAGUGUGGCAACAUGAAGUUCCCAAGAAACAGAGAAAAUCUUUUUUAAUACUUCUAUUUUUCUUUUAUGGAUAGAGUUCUUACCAAAUCAGACUGACUUGCAGCACAGACCACACAAACGAAUAAUAUAUCAGUCAACCAUAUUCUAUUAGAAUAAGUCUGAUGGAAAACUGAUGUGAGAUGCCACUCGUGAAACUAAACCAAUCCAGAUUUCUAGGUAAAAAUGUCAAAUUGAUACAAUAUCAGAUUAGUGGGCAAAAAAUGAUGAAAAGGAUGGAUUCCUGAGCUAUUAGAAUGAUUUCCUCCAAAAGCACUCUACUGCUGAUAAAUGAUAGAUGACAACUACAAGUAGAUGUGCAAAUCCUCAACCUUUCUGUGUUUAUUUCUGUAGAAAUUACUGGUUAGUUACCUAAAAAAAGAUGACAUUAGAUCUGUGGAGGCACAUGACUGUAAAUUGGCAUCUCAAUUGUCUGUAUGUCCAGUAAUGUAAAUAAUUGUGCAUUUUUGCAAGCUGCUAUUUGUUUGUAUUUUAUUACUAUACUUUUGCAUUUAAUCUGUGACAUAUGCAGCAGUGACCUUUGUUAUAUAGCUACCAGGUGAAACAUCAUGAGGUUCAACAUGCAACUUGCCUGCUCAUAAUCUGAUCAUACCAAUAACUGCAUACUGCUUUUUCAUUUUUAGCAUAGCUCAAGAUAACAUCACUCUCUUCUCCUGCCUCCUCCUGUUGGGUUACUGAGUCAGGUUAUUACAGUCUGAUUACUGCUCACAGCCCUGUAUGGACUGAAUUCUUGUCUUGGUGCACUCCGCCUUGCACAGGUCCUGUGUUGCAAAAUCUGUCACAGCACCAAGCAACCUAGACAGUGGUUUCUGGAGAGAAGUAGAAACUCUCUUGCCCUAGAGGUAGCUGUUACUAUUUAGGGGCACACUGCACACAAAACUGUUCCGUGUGAGUGCCUCCACUGUCACCUGUGAAAUCUGUUAUAGAGAUAAGUAUAGGACUGUAGAGCUGUCAGACGAGAAUUUUUCAUGAUGAAUUGACAAUCUUUAAUUUCUUUUCGGUAGAUCUUUUUAUAUUUCCAGUGGCUUUUUUCUUUCCUUUGCAAUCUGUGAUUUUGUCUAUUAUUAUGGAUGCUAUUGCCCUAGGUUUUUACUAUGAAAACUGCCUUAAAAUUAGAUUAUAACUUUCUGAAAAUCAGAUAAUUUAAUUCAAAACUUUAUCCAACUUAAAUCAUCAGGACACGAUUUUAUUACGCUAUGAGCUGUUAUUCUUUUCAGCUUCUUUUGCUAAAAUAAAUUCUGUGCAUUAUGGUUAUUCCUAUUUGAGUUGGGAGAUGACAAGAAUAGGUUCCAGAUCUCAUUCCUGUAAUGUUUCAGUUAGAUAUCAGAACGGUUUUGGAAACAUAAACAUUGAAUAUCUGUGAACAAGUGGUAUAGAAUCAGGCACUUAUUGUCAUCUCCUAAUUGUCUCAAAGAAUAGAGGAAACAGAGAUCUACUCUUAAAGUGCAAUCAUUUUUCUCCAUAAAUUAAAUUUGCCUGGAAUCUUAAAAAUAUGUUAUUUGAAUUGCAUGGUUUUACUCAAAUUAGCCUGAAAUAUUGCAAAAUCAUAUGCUGAUUGUUAUCCAUUCUGAAAAAUAAAGAAUAUAAA